AUGGCACCAACUAUAGAACCAGAGAUCGACAAGAAGGGCUUCCGCGUUGAAGAGGAAGAAUUAGGAACACCGGAUUCAUCUCUUACGCCGGUUACAACCCACGAGACUAGAAGGAGAGCCAACUCUCACCAGGCAGAGGCGUUUGAAAAUGUCGCUGAGUUGCAUAAAGUCCCCACCACGAGGACCCGUCGGGACUCGCACAUGGGAGAGGCCCUUGAGAAUCUGUCGCGAACGCUUUCUGUCGAUGUCCAUGCCGAUGGCGACUAUGAAUUGGACAGUGUGCACUCGCGCCGCAUGGAAAGGAGCGGCACACGCCGUUCAGCCAGGUUUCCCUCCCCGUCGAGGAUGUCUGAUCUCGAGGAGGAGGGUGGCUCUCCGUCUGAGUCGAAUUCCAAGUCCCAGGGUGUACCCUCUGAACUUGGCAGCUUUACGGCCGAAGUCAUCUUCAUUCUUGUUUGUUCGGCUGGUCUGCUGUUGUUCUCCUUUUUCCUUGGUGACAUUACGGUCAAUCAAGAAGAGUGCAAACGAGCGCUAGGAAUCAGCAACAGUGAACUGCCCUGGCUCAUGGGCUCUUUCACUCUCCCUCUCAGUCUUUCGGUAGUCAUUUCAGGCUCUUUGAGUGACUUGACUCCUCCAAGGGCGUUGAUGAUUGGAGCUUUUGCCUGGCUGACCAUCUGGAACGUCGUGGGUGUGUUCUCUGUAACACCAGAGAGAGCAAUACUUUUCUACAUUGUGCGCGCAAUGCAGGGACUUUCCGUGGGAGUUUUGGUCUCCGGCUCAAUGAGUAUUUUGGGGCGGGUGUACAAGCCCGGUCUUCGCAAGAAUCGUGUCUUCUCUGCGAUGUCCGCAACAUCGCCCUUCGGCUUCUGGCUCGGUGGGAUCCAAGGCGGUGCUUUGAAAUCAUAUCUAUACUGGAUCUUUGGGUCAAACGCCAUCAUCUGUGCUCUUUGCCUCGUCGCCGCCUGGUUUACUAUGCCCUCGCUCCGCCCAGUUGCUGAUAUUGCCGGUGCGGAUGCGCCCAGCAUUCGCGAUUUUGACUUCCUCGGAGCAAGCUUCAUUGCCACGGGCUGUGUGUUUGUGCUAUUCGGCUUGACACAGGGCUCGGUUGUCCAGUGGACUCCGUAUACAUAUGCUUUGAUUAUUGUUGGUGUUAUCCUGGUUAUUUCGUUCUUCUUUAUCGAGCGCUGGGUGAAGCGCCCUCUCAUUCCCAAUGCAUUAUGGAAAAUCAAAGGUUUUACGCCAUUGAUGAUUGCUUACUUCAUCGGAUACGGAGGCUUCCAGGGUGGCUGGCAGUUCUACGCCGUUCAAUUCUGGCUUCGGAUUCAGGGAAACACCCCACUCACCGUUGCCCUCUACCUUCUACCCAAUGCCAUCGUGGGUGUGCUGGCGACCUGGGUUGUCAGUCGAACACUCCAUAUCGUUCCAGGGCAUUAUAUCUACCUCACCGCGAUGGUGGCCUUUGCCAUGGGCCCUGUUUUCUUCCUCCCGCAAACCCCUAAUACACCGUAUUGGCCGCUAUCUCUCCCGGGCGUGGCCCUCGUCACCUUCGGCCCAGAUCUCUCUUUUGCUGCAGCGUCGAUUUACAUCACUAGCAAUGUUCCACGCUCUUAUCAAGGCAGCGCAGGCAGCUUGCUAGUGACAAUGCAGAACCUGAGCUCGGCUGUCAUGACGGCCGUCGCAGAUGCAAUUGGCACGCAGGUUGACCAAGGUGUGGAUGGUGAUAUUGGUUUGAAGGGCAUUCAUGCCAUUUGGUGGUUUGCAUUUGCGUGCGAAGUUGUUGCGGCGUCGAUCACACUAUGCUGGGUCAGGAUUCCGAAGGAGGAAGAAAAGGAACAUGUUACCUGA